AACCGAACCGAUCCCUGAAAUUUCCCCCUACUUGCUCACCCGUGUCCGUCGAAGAUUGCAAAAUUCUUGGCGAAACUGGAAUACUUGCAUUCAGUGAUUGCGCAAAAGAAAAGAACGGUCCAGUGAAAUCGGAGGCUUUGAAGUUUAACGGAUGAUUUACUUUUUAGCUUCAAUUACCUGUGAGUGUAAGUGGCACGAAAGAUUCCAAAAAAAAGGUGACGAACCUUCAAGCGUGAAGUGAUAUUAUUGUGACUCGUGUGCAACUUCGAGGGCCUUUCUAAAUUGGAGAAAAUACAGGUACCCUCAAGUGGUCUUUGCUAAACCCCAGCGUGAGGUGGAUGAAUGUGUCAGUGAAUGAGAUCAUCACCUGUUGCCGAAGGAAUUCGACGACAAUCUCGUUUUUUUCAUGGUAACAUGUUGAAGAGUUUUCCAGUCUAAAGCAGUGCCCUUUUCCGCGCAAGCACCAAAGCAGUUAGUAGCGCUGUGUGAAAAAUUGGUACACCCAAAGUGAAAAUUUUCCUCCCACGAGUUUGCUUACUACUAAGUCUACUGUUCCGUCUGCAUGCUUGGAGCAUAAAUAAACCAGAAAUGAAGAAGCCACUGCUGCGGUGAAUGUGUACAAUUUAUUUUUUCUUUCAUAACAUUGAAUUUUUAAUGCAACAGAAAGCUGCUGCUAUCGUGGUGUGUUGAAAAGGCAAAACCAAGUUUUCAUGUUGAAGCAGUUUUUUUUCGUGGUUCGCCUGACCAAUUUGGGAUGAUUUGAUCCAAGCGCGCGCGUGAAGGUUGCCUAAGAGCCUCACUUUGCUUUUGCCUUGCCGCACGAGUUUUUGACGAGGAGAAAAGAGAGUGACGACUGUUCGAAACCUGUUUUUCUGCUUCGAGAGGUGAAACAAAAAGUGCAACAAACGGGCAAUUUCUUUAUCAUAGCAUUUGAAUUCAUCUUCAUCUAUUUUAUCGGAUAACCUUACUACUACUACGCGUUGGAAAAAGGCCGGUGCGGUGCACAGUAGUUUCACACACAGCUGGAGUCGGCAUUACAGUUGAAACAAUAAGGGCGAAAAGUGCGUAGCGCUCGACGGACGACGUACUCUCCUGGCAACUUUAUUCAACGAGAUGAGAUGAUCGUGCGGAUCAACCAAAAAGCUUCACGAUUUCACGGGACAAGAGAACCAUUAAAAUAGGCACCUGCCGAACCAUGACCUCGUCGUAUGAGCGAAUCAAAGCGGAAUGCAAACAAAAAAAUGUCCUCUGGGAGGACGAGGACUUCCCGGCGACUCAGUCGUCGGUGUUCUACCACCAAACGCCUCCUUUCACCUUUCAGUGGAAGCGACCGCACGAGAUCACGCAGAGUCCGGUUUUCGUCAACGACUCAACCGCACAGUUCGACAUUGUACCCGGGAAAAUGGGUGACCGAUGGCUCGUUAGUUGUCUCGGCGUGUUGUAUCUGUCGAAAGGACUUUUCUACCGAGUGGUACCAGCAGAUCAAAACUUCGAUAAGCCAUACUACGGGAUGUUUCGCUUCCGAUUGUGGUGGUGUGGAGAAUGGUUGGAGGUUCUAGUCGACGAUAGAUUACCAACGAUCAACGGGAAAUUGGCCUUCCUGCAGGCUCAGAAUUCGAACUCGUUCUGGCCUGGCCUGUUGGAGAAAGCCUAUGCCAAAUUACACGGGUCUUACGAAGCUUUAAAGUACGGCACCUUACUGGAUGGUCUAGCGGAUCUGACUGGAGGCAUUACCGAGUCGAUAUCUAUCAAAACCGACAAUAACAUUCUGAUUCGGCCUCCUCUACUCCACUCCUUAUUGGAUACAACUAGUAUUGUCACGUGUACAGUUAACAACGGAACAACGACGCAGAUUCGUAAUCAAACGGAAGGUCUACCUAACGGUUUACAUGUGGGCAUCAACUACCGACUUUGCUCCUUGGAUAAGGCUGAAACCAUCAUGGGAGACACUGUGCAGUUAGUGCGACUACGGAACCCUUUGGCACAAACCCUCAACAAAUCCGCCACUUUCAACGGAGAUUGGUCAUCCUUUUCCAGUUCGUGGGAACGCGUAACCAUGAACGAACGAAACCGUCUCAUCGAGCAGCUCGACAUAGGUGAAUUCUGGAUGUCGUUCUUCGAUAUGACACAGACAUUUACCCACCUGGAAUGUGUUCAUCUGGACUCGGAUACGGCCCGCGAUGAGCCCCAGCUGUCGGACAAAAACCGACGGUGGCUUAUGCGUUUGUACCAGGGUGCAUGGAAACGAGGCGUUACCGCAGGCGGUUGCCGCAAUAACCCGGAUUCGUUUCACAUCAAUCCACAACUACAGCUCUUCCUAAGCGAAAAAGAGGAUGUGAUAAUUUCGGUCAACCAGCACAGCGUUCUGGAACCCAAAGUAAUCGGUUUCACUGUGUAUAACCUGAACAGCGUUCAAAGCAUCAACGGAUGUCUCUCGAAAAACUUUUUCAAGAAGCACAAAAGCUUAGUCAACUCACAAUACACCAAUUCGCGACAGAUAAGUCACCGCUGUACGCUGGAAGCUGGACGCUACCUAAUUAUGGCAACCACAUUUGAACCCGCAGAAGAAGCAUCUUUCAGCGUUCGAGUAUUGGGCAGUACGAUACGUCUGGCACUACUGGAAACGCAGACUAUGCUGCUGUUGGACCCGUUCCCCCUGUUAAACUCGAAUGCGAAAGUAUCGAUGGAUUCGGCAAACAACAACGUUUCGGCCACAACCAGCACCGCUCAGUAUGAGCCUGUGUUCAUGCAGUUGGCAGACGAUCAGAGGACGCUGAAUUGCUUUGACCUGCAGGAGUUACUGGAAGCGUGUCUGCCAAAUGACUACAUUAGAAGCUGUGCCAGUUUAGAAGUCUGUCGACAGGUUGUCUGCCUAAUGGAUAAAACCAAUCGAGGACGAAUUAAUUUCAAUGAUUUCAAUAAAUUUAUGGUCAACUUGAAGACGUGGUGGGGCGUCUUCAAAAUGCACACGAAGGAAAAAUCGGGAAUUCUCAGAGCUGAACGCUUCCGCGACGCGCUUUGCGAUGUCGGUUUCCAACUAAGCACUGACAUAUUGUCUAUCCUAAUACUCAGAUAUAUGAGGAGAGACGGGACACUUAGGCUUUCCGACUUUAUUUCGGCCAUUCUGCACUUGACGAUGGCUUUCGAACUAUUCAAAGCCAAGGACAAUAAUCAGGAUGGGGUUAUAAGCAUGGGAAUGACAGAGUUUAUCAAAUCAGUUUUCAUGUGUUGAUUGUUCCCCCGAAUGUGUGAACCAACAUCCGAAUCCAAUUGUACCAUUCUAUAAGAAAUAAUCUUAAGCUAAACCAUCCGUCUGUGCAUUGUCAUGAACUGCAGGCACGCUAGAGAAUUGAAUUGAUAGUAUUUGCGUUAAGUUUACAAUCACGUAAGUGUAGAAUACUUUAACAUUGUUUUAAUCUAGAACCGAAAUGAACAAUUAGUUGUAGGUGUUUUCAGCUUGUGCGAAUAUUUAGUAACAAAUUUGCUCAUUAACAUUACUGAUAACUAGUGUUACAUACGUGAAUAA